UUCAGUGCUACCAUGGGAACAGGUAUUGUUUCGAUUCUUCUUCACAACCUUCCUUAUAAUGGCACUUGGGUAUAUUGGAUCUCAGUGGUUGUUUUCGCUUUUAAUGUGUUCCUGUUCUCCCUGUUCAGCCUUAUUUCUCUGGCUCGAUAUACUCUCUUUCGAGGUAUCUGGACAGCAAUGUUGAACCAUCCUACGCAGUCGUUGUUUCUCGGCACAUUUCCUAUGGGCCUUGCAACAAUCAUUAACAUGAUCUGCUUCGUGUGUGUUCCCGCGUGGGGACAAUGGGCUGCCACUUUGGCAUGGACACUUUGGUGGAUUGAUGCCGUUAUCUCAAUCGCAAAUAACAUGUAUCUUCCUUUUGCUAUGUAUGAAACAUCAGUACCCCCCCCCCCCUUUAAGAAUUUACUAACACCGAAUUGCAGAAUGUCUCGGCAUUCCAAUCAACUUUCCGGAAUGACUGCGGCCUGGUUGCUGCCUAUUGUUUCUACCAUUGUCGCUGCCGCCUCCGGUGGGAUUGUGGCUUCGAUAUUAGAAAACGAACAACACGCUCUCUGGACUAUCAUUAUCAGUUAUAUACUUUGGGGAACUGGAGUUCCUCUGGCAAUGAUGGUGCUCGUCAUGUACUUUCAUCGCCUUACGAUACAUAAGAUACCGCCCAGAGAAGUUAUCGUGUCUGUUUUUCUUCCAUUGGGACCAUUAGGUCAAGGUUCCUUUGGUAUCAUGCAACUUGGAAAAGAAGCAAUGAGGGUCUUCCCUGACACAAACAGUUUGCCUGCGCAAAUUUCAGCUGGUCCUAUACUUUAUAUUUUUGGCUUUGUGGUCGGACUUAUAAUGUGGGGAUUCGGGCUUGUGUGGCUUUUCUUUGCGCUGGCCUCUAUUACUCGGUCGAAAUUCCCGUUUAACAUGGGUUGGUGGGGAUUUACUUUCCCGCUUGGGGUAUUCACGGUUGCAACAACCACAAUUGCAAAAGAGCUUCCUUCGUUAUUUUUCAAGGUCUUAGGCACAAUAUUUUCUGUGGUAGUCGUCCUACUUUGGAUUGUUGUUAGCAUCGGCACGCUUAUUCAAACCUGGCGAAGGAAGAUAUUUGUUGCACCAUGUCUCAAAGAAUGGGAGAGGUUGGAAGCUGAACGUUUUGGGAUGCAUUCUCGGGUUUUGAGAGAUGCCUAA